UAGGUGAUGGUUGUCCCUCCAGCGGUGUCCCAGGAUUGGCUGGGUUGGGAGAGGUGUCCCAGGGUUGGCUGAUGGUUGACCCGAUGGAGAGCGGUGUCGGGGAGACGGUACAGAGAGGAGGAGGAGGCCGGAGCUGUUCGGAGGUGGUCACCAUGCCUGGCAGUGAGAGCAUCCAGAUGGACUUCCCCCACUACAGCUCUGUGCUCCUGGACACCCUGAACAAGCAGCGCCUGGAGGGGAAGUUCUGCGACCUGUCCAUCCAAGUCCAGGACCGCAUCUUCCGAGCCCACAAGACGGUCCUGGCCGCCUCUUCCCCGUACUUCCACGACAAGCUGCUGCUGAACGACACCAGCCGCUUGGUCCUUCCAAACGUCAUCCAGCCCGAUGCCUUCGAGAACCUCCUGCAGCUCAUCUACUCCGGCAGCCUGUCCCUGGAAAUGGAGGCCUUGCCUUCCCAUCUGCUGGUGGCCAGCGGUCUUCAGAUGUGGCAAGUGGUGGACCGCUGCUGUGAACUUCUUAAGGAGAGGCAAGCGUGCACUCCGGUUUGGUCGAGCCGAGCCAGCGAGAGCCAGUCGCCCAGCAGCAGUUUCCAGCCUCCGCGAGAGGACAAGCAACCGACGGUGGUCACGGUGAAUUCGGAUGACGAAGACGUGAUCAAGGUGCGGGUCUCCGAGGAAGAGGAGGAGGAGGACGACGAUCUAAAGUGUGCCAGCGCCAGCUGCUCUUAUGCUCUUCCGUCAUCCUCGUCCUCCCUCGGAAGCCCCAACGUAAUCUUCCUCAAGCAGGAGAACGGGGACGAGGAUAGCUUUCUGAAAACUUUUGAGGUGAAGCAGGAGAUGGACCUGGAAAAGUCGGAGUACCACUCGGAGCUGAGCUUCGUGGUGCCUCUUCCGUCCCCGCCCACAUCCUCCGACGUCUCCCUCUGUCUUCCAAACAAAUUGUACGCGGAACCCGAAUCUCCCUCCUUCUCCAUCUCUAAGCCGUUGGACCUGCACGGCAAUGAGAUUGUGGCCCCCGCUCUCCAGGCCCAGACUAUUCACGCCCCCGUCAAACUCGUGGCCGCCCCCGACGGCAAAAAAUUCGGCUGCCUGUGCGGGAAGCGCUUCGCCGUGAAGCCCAAACGGGAUCGCCACAUUAUGCUGACCUUUAGCUUGCGCCCCUUCGGCUGCUCCGUCUGCAACAAAAAGUUCAAGCUCAAGCACCACCUCACCGAGCACAUGAAGACUCACGGGAGCAACCUCUACUCCUGCGAAGAUUGCGGUCGCAAGUUCCGGGUAGAGACCUGCUAUCAGAAGCAUAAGGAAGCUUGCAAGGGACAGAGGUGGGCGGGAGCUUGCUGAGAAAUAUCAACACUAGCUUAUUGUUUUCAGGAGCCUUCUAAACAGAUCGUUUUCGCCGUACCAGGAACUGUAGAUCUAGGAGAGAACUUUUGUAGCCCCCCUCCCCCCCCGGUACUGC